ACAUGUUAUUGUGGGAGCCAAGUGUUUAUAUUAUAUCUCUCUCUAUAUAUAGUUGUUAAUAUAAAAAGGGUAUAAGAAGGUGUGAGAAAGAUGAAUACCAUAAACCAAACCAUGGAAGAAGAGAGAUCAUUAUUACUAAGGCCACAUAUUAGUAGUGAAAAUCAUGAGAUUAUUCAUUGGAAGGUGUUUUUUGAAGAAGUGAAGAAAUUAGGUUACUUAGGAGGACCUCUUGUGAUUGUGGUUUUAUCUCAAUAUUUAUUACAAGUCAUUUCAAUUAUGAUGGUUGGUCAUCUUGGUGAACUUGCUCUUUCAAGCUCUGCCAUAGCCAAUUCUCUCUCUGUGGUCACUGGUCUUAGUGUUCUUAUGGGGAUGGCAAGUGCUCUAGAGACCAUAUGUGGUCAAGCAUAUGGAGCUAAGCAAUACAAGAAACUUGGGCUUCAAACUUACACUUCAAUAUUUUGUUUGUUCUUAGUUUGUAUACCAAUUUCUUUGGUUUGGAUAUUCAUGGGAAAAAUACUUGUUUUCAUUGGUCAAGACCCUCAAAUUUCUCAUGAAGCUGGAAAAUUCAUAAUAUGGCUUAUUCCAGCUUUAUUUGCAUAUGCAACUCUUCAACCACUUGUAAGAUAUUUUCAAACACAAAGCAUGAUAACUCCAAUGGUCAUAACCUCUUUUGCCAUACUUUGUUUUCAUAUUCCUUUAUGUUGGGUUUUAGUAUUUAAGUCCGGAAUGGGCAAUGUUGGAGGAGCAUUGGCUAUAAGUAUUUCGUAUUGGUUAAACGCCAUUAUACUUGGUUUCUACAUAAAGUUUUCUCCUUCAUGUGAGAAAACUCGAGCUCCAAUCUCUAUGGAGAUGUUUCAUGGGAUCGGAGAAUUUUUUCGGUUGGCUAUCCCUUCUGCAAUUAUGAUAUGCCUUGAAUGGUGGUCAUUUGAGCUACUUAUUCUAAUGUCUGGAAUUCUACCAAAUCCACAACUUGAAACAUCAGUUCUUUCUGUUUGCCUACAAACCAUCUCAACAUUAUAUGCAAUUCCAUAUGGAGUUGGUGCUGCAGCAAGUACAAGAGUUUCAAAUGAAUUAGGAGCUGGGAAUCCACAAGGAGCUCGUAUUGCAACCUUUGCUGCAAUGUUUCUAGCCAUAGCCGAGACGAGCAUAGUAACCACAACACUUUUUAUGAGCAGAGGCAUUUUUGGUUAUACUUUCAGUAAUGAGAAAGAAGUUGUGAAUUAUGUCACAGAAAUGGCUCCUCUAGUUUGUUUAUCUGUUGUACUAGACAGCAUGCAAGGAGUCCUAUCAGGUAUUGCUAGAGGAUGUGGGUGGCAACACAUAGGGGCAUUCAUAAAUCUUGGUGCAUUUUAUCUAUGUGGAAUUCCAAUUGCUGCAAUUUUGGGUUUUUGGGUAAAUAUGAGAGGAAAAGGGCUUUGGAUUGGCAUACAAAGUGGUGCCCUUGUCCAAACCACUUUGCUUGCUCUUGUCACUGGUUGUACAAACUGGGAAAAACAGGCAAGUAUGGCAAAGGAGAGAUUAUUUGGGGAUACAUCAAAAAAUGGAUUAGAGCACUAGAAAUAUGUUGAAAAUUUAGUGUCAACUUUGAGGGAAAAAAAAUAAUGUUACAAAUUUUUUGAUGUGAGACAGUUUGAAUCGAUUAUGUUCAAAAGAACUGUUGGGUAAUGAAAAUAUUUUAAAAAGUUCAUUAUUAUAUUUUCGGUAGGGCUGCAUAUUGGGCAAGUAUGUCGGGUUUCAGGUUUUUUCGAGUUUGAAUUUUUGGGUUUUUGGAUGUAUGAAAAUGUAUUGGAGUUUGACUCAAAUUAUAUAAUUUAUUUAUAUAUCUAUAUUUAUAAAGAUGCAACUUUUUUUUGGGUAA